GGAGCUCGGGGCGCCGGCGCGGCCGGGCCGCCCGGGCUCUCGGCGAGCGACCCGGCCGCGGCAUUCCCCUGCCGGCAGCCGGCCGCAUCGCUAUGCGCGUCGUCGCGCUCACCUUCGUGCCCUACGCGGUCACUCGCCCGGCGGCCUGCGUCCCGGGCUAGCUGAAGCUUCGCGCCGCGACCGCAGCCGGCGCCCCCAGCGCUGCGGGCUGCAUGCUGAAGGGCACCGCACGGGAGGCGGGGCGGCAGGUGGCCUCGCGCAGGUGCGGCCCGCGCACGGCCUGGGCCCGCAGUAGCAGCGCGCGGAGGCGCGGGCACGCCGCGGCGCGCGCUCAUGGAGCCGCCCUGGGAGAUCGAGCUGGAGCUGAGGAGGCACAUCGAGACCUGUGCCUGCACGUGCGACCACAUGGGCUACGGGAACUACAUGGACUACCAAGUGGCACCCGCUCACGCCUGCCUGUGCCGCGCGAUCACGUCUCCUCACGCCCACGCGGCUGUACCAGAGGGCAUGACAUUUCCUGGUUCGUUACCAGAUGUGGCAGAAAGAUGCGGUCGCUGGGCGCCAGAUUCAUUAUCAGCAUCCGCAUCUGGGAGCUCUGACGAAAAGCCAACGCCGCGUCGACCGCGGUGGCGUAUCGCACUCGCUGCUCUCGUUGUAUUGGCCGCACUCGGCGCUGCACUAGCCCUCCCCCUCGCCCUGGGAGGUGGCGGUCGUGCUACCCCUGAGCAGCGAUUAACAACUAUACGGAGAAUGUUACGUGAUUCUCCACUUAUAGACGGUCAUAAUGACCUAGCGUGGAAUGUUAGAAAAUUUCUUCAUAAUAAAAUAGGUGACUUUAAUUUGAGUGCUGGCUUGGAGGGCUUAGAGCCGUGGGCCCGAUCGCGCUGGUCGCACACGGAUAUUCCGCGGCUACGACUCGGUCAGAUUGGGGCACAGUUUUGGUCAGCAUACGUUCCAUGUGGUGCGCGAGAUAAAGACGCUGUGCAGUUGGCCAUUGAACAAAUGGAUGUCAUCAAACGGAUAGUUGAUAUGAACGCAGCUCAUCUUGCUUUAGUUACCGGCGCGUCGGACCUCUUAGAUGCCCAUCGAGAUGGUCGGAUUGCUUCUUUGAUUGGAGUUGAAGGUGGCCAUGCACUCGGUGAUUCCCUAGCGGUGCUUCGCGCGUUUUAUAACCUAGGUGCUCGAUAUCUUACUGUUACUCAUACAUGUGAUACGCGAUGGGCGCGUGCCGCUGGCACCUCUGGUGGGCUCACUGAGUUCGGACGCGCCGUUGUUCGAGAAAUGAAUCGUCUUGGUAUGAUAGUUGAUCUGUCGCAUGCAGGUGAAGAGACAGCCCGCGACGCUCUUGAAACUUCACAGGCACCCGUAGUAUUCUCUCAUUCUGGAGCUGCAGCAAUAUGUAAUUCGUCUAGAAAUGUGCCAGAUGAUCUGCUUCGCAUGAUCGCUGCGAAUGGUGGCGUAGUUAUGAUUAAUUUCUAUGCUAAACUUGUAACAUGCAGCGAGCGAGCGACAAUCGAAGAUGUUAUUGCACACAUAAACCACGUGCGAAGGGUAGCCGGAGUGGAGCACGUAGGUCUGGGAGCUGGUUAUGAUGGUAUAGACGCACCGCCCGUGGGUUUAGAGGAUGUUUCACGUUACCCCCACCUGUUAGCCGAGUUACUUCGCGAUCCGGAUUGGAGUGAAGAAGACGUUCGUAAGCUGGCCGGUAUGAAUGUUGUCCGCGUACUGCAGCACGUGGAGCGCGUGCGAGAUCAAUGGAAACGUGCCGCCGUUUUUCCUGGCGAAGAAACACCUGGUGCGCGACGCAGCGAGUGCGUGUACGGAACCGCGUGACGCAGGCUGCGAGCCGCGCGCCGCCGCGGCCCUCCUCGUACUGCUCAAUAUUGACACUUGUUGAUCGUAGUUAUACAUGUAUAUUAGUGUCCAAAUGUGAUUUAGAGAUUAAAAUAAUCUUUACCUGACCUCGAUGCACAAAUUGUUUAGCUAAGAAGCCGCGCGUGCUGGGUGCUUCGUCUCGACGCCGACCCGCGGCCCGACCGCUGAACUCUUCUCCAUCCACGCACACGACUUCGUUGACGAAAACCCAACGCGAUUCGCGAUUUAUAUGAUGUGAGUCAAGAUUUAAUAAAAGGAUAUAAAAUAAAUAAUGUGUUUAUAGAAAAAUAAAUAUUCUUUAUUUAUAAA